UGGUAUCUUCCACUCGCCAGCUGAUCGGCCUCGACUCCCGGUGCGGUCCGUCGGACUGUACGCGGCCGUUGAUUUGUUGAUUUGUGUUUAAAUUAAGUGAAAUAUACAGUAACGGCCGCUCGUGUUCGCAUAUUUCACUUCUUACGCUGUAUUUUUACAUCGGGGAUUGAGCUGUAAAGCGUUUUGGGGCAAACGUCGAGCCGAGGAAUUCCCGCACAAGCAUUAGGCCGCGAGCGGAUCCCCGGUUUUUCUUUCAGCAGCACGCCGCCUUCUUGUCGCCGCCAUGGGGGACACAGGGAGCGAACGCAGCAAGCCGCCCAGUAUACCUCCCCGCUGCCCAUGCGGAUUUUGGGGGCCACUGACAUAGAGAAGAAAGAAAACUCUUCAUAUGCGCUUUCUUUGAGAAGCACUCUGGCUGCGCUCAUGAGUGGCAAAGCACCACUGAAGAUCUCAACAAACAGCGAAUCAGACACGCGCACCGGCCGCUUUUGUCUGUUCUUUAAAAUAUUGUCUUGUGUGUUCUUUAAGUGCACUUUGUAUCUAAGCAACGAAAUCUCUUGUCAAAUGUCACUCUUGCCCUCUUCAGACCUGGUAUUAACAUCCGUCUCGGGAGAUCUGAUCACAAGCAGACAGCGCUAAAUACAGGUCUAGCAAAACCAUGAACCUCUGCUCUAAAUGCUUUGCUGACAUACAGAAGAAACAGCCAGAUGAGGACUGCACUCCAGAGCCCGCCCCCAGCUCCAGCAGUAGCCAAUCAGCAGUCUUCUGUAACGAGACGAGCAGCAGCAGUAGCCAAACCCUGUCCUCCAAGCCAGCCAGCUCUGAGGAGCCCUCAUCAGAAGCCACGCCUCUUUCUGCACAGGAAGAAGUCUUCAGUACAGACACAGCUCGUGGCACGCUAUCCGCUCCUACAAAACGACCCUGUGACUCAGCCUCAGGUUCAGAGAGCGAGUCGUCCCCGGAGAAGCGUGUUCGAUUGGGCGAGGCCUCAUGUUCUGAAGAUUCUCCAAGAGUUCCCAAGCAGAAGAACCGUCGGCGGUGCCAUCGCUGCCAAACCAAACUGGAGCUCGUACAACAGGAGCUGGGGUCCUGUCGCUGUGGUUAUGUGUUCUGCAUGUUGCACCGGUUGCCGGAGCAACACAACUGUAUGUUUGACCAUUUGGGCCGUGGCCGAGAGGAAGCUGUGCUGAAGAUGGUUAAACUGGACCGCAAGGUGGGACGAACCUGCCAGCGCAUCGGCGAGGAGUGCUCUUGAACACCCCCCAGCCCCUACACACACACACACACACACACACACUGCAGUCCACUUAUCCACCUAUCUGUGGUGCAUUCAUACACACACGCGCACACACACAUACACCUCAAUCACCCGUUAGUGGCAUCUUUAUUCCUCUGUUACAUCUCAGAGGACUCAACACCGCUUAAUUAGCCUCAGGCUCAUCACAUACACACACACACAGGAACCUUCACAGCCUUAACUUUCUGUUGUCACCCCCCCACACAGCCCCUCAUACAGUACAAAUACAGGUCAGUAGGUCAGAUUAAUGUCCCUCAAGGUCACGCUUCCGAACGGUCUGUACUUUGGAGAACUGCUCUUUCUCAUUGGCUGCGAUCGACUCCAGGGGAACACAUCAGUCGAUCAAGUCCUCUGGGAAUUUCUGUUCAACAUCCAAAAGUCUCCUCCAUCACACGGACGUUUACAGGACCUGGAUCCCACUGUCCCAUGAUGACCCUGGGAAAAGCCCGACUUUGCUUUUUCCGCACACAGUGGCUCUUUCGCGGCUCUUUGAGUGAUUUCCUCGGCCGAGCUGUGAGAGAGCCGUGCCUGUUUUACUCUCAUACACUCGCAAUCACAUAUGCACUUACAGCCGUGUUGUCCUACAAUGCUUGGUCCAACAUAAGGGCCAAGGCAAAUCAAAACGGUACCCUUUUUGGGUGCUGUUGGGAAAGGGCCGCCCACAGCUCAUCUGGGAACUGUAAUUCAUUCAGGUCUGAUUAAACACUCUGUAACCUCGUAAAACUCCCAUCAGCCCCUGCAAGAUAUGCUCUGCCUCUUUUUAAAACAGCUGAAAAUCUGUUCAUUCUUCCCCCUUUUUCUCACUAGUUUCUGUACUGUCCCUUGCCUGCUCAUGCUACUUUUUUCUUGCUAAGCUGUCUUUCUGUAUUCUCUAUAUUCUUUCUCUUUUUCUUCCUCUCCUUUACUUCCAUGGCAUUAUGGAGCGAUGUGUUCACCACAGGUGGGAACGGAGAAAGGAGAGUCUCCAUUCACCUGUGCUUUAUUUUAUUUUUUACUUUCAACUGGUUUUCUGUUAAGAUGUUGACAAGGACAGAACUGAAGAAAAGAGAUGAAUAUUGUGUAUCUUAAGAAAAAUCCUUAUUUAACCUCCUUUGUGUUUCUGGUUAACUCUCACUCUAGCAUAGAGCUGUAUUACUUUGCCCUUUUUAGGUUAAGAUAAAAAACAUACAAUAAUUAUGAAGAUAUGGAUGAGAUAAAGAUUCUGUAGCCUUUCUUUUUUUUUCUUAUUUUCCUUUAUUUCCUUCUCUUUUGCUGAAAAAGAAUAAACUGGAUUAGAGGAUGUGUGGUAUGAUUUU